AUGGCGCCGCCGGCACCCACGAGCAAGAAGUGGUCUGUUAUUUAGCCUCGUGGUCCGUGUACCGGCCGAGCGCGGGAAAAUUCAACAUCGAGGAUAUCGACCCCACGCUGUGCACGACCCUUAUCUACGCCUUUGCUGGUUUAGAUGAGAUAACCUUCGCUAUGAAACCGAUUGAUCCGAGAUAUGACGUCAGAGAAAGAGCCAUCGAGCGCGCCGUGGGCCUGAAGUCGCAGAACCCGCUCCUGAAGGUGGUGGUGGCGGUGGGCGGGUGGACGGAGGGCUCGACCAAGUACUCCGCCAUGGCCUCCAACGCCACCAGCAGGAGGGCCUUCAUCGACUCGGCGAUCGGGUUCAUCCAACAGUACAAGUUGGACGGCCUCGACCUGGACUGGGAAUACCCCGCCACGAGAGGAGGAGUCCCGGCAGACAAGGAGAAUUUCGUCCUUCUUGUCAAGGAACUCAAGGAAGAAUUCUCCAAGCACGGGUGGAGCCUCACCGCCGCCGUGGCAGCCGACAAGGGGAUCAUCGGGGUCGCCUACAACAUCACGGAACUCUCCCAACACCUCGACUUCCUGCACAUCGCGUCCUAUGACUACCACGGCAAAUGGGACGGCCAGACGGGACACAACGCGCCCUUGUACCCGAGGGAUGACGAGAGCCCGGAGGACAAGAUGCGCAACGUGGCACACACUGUCAUGAUGUAUCUCGACGCAGGAGCACCUCCCGAGAAGGUUGUCCUUGGCCUGGGAUUCUUUGGCCGAUCCUACCUCCUUCAAGAUCCAACUAACAAUGGCUUCGGCGCACCCACACUUUCUUCCUUCGCUGGACCUUACACGAAGGAGGAGGGCUUCCUUGGCUACAAUGAGAUCUGUGAGACACAAACCACAGAGGGAGGGCAGUGGACCCUGAUUUGGCAGAAGAGCCACCAGGUUCCAUACAUGUACAAAGACAACAUGUGGAUAUCCUAUGAUGACACGAUGUCUGUUGGACUCAAGGUAGCUUUUGCACAGAAACUUGGGUUGGGUGGCAUUAUGGUUUGGUCUGUCGACACGGAUGACUUCAACGGCAAUUGUAGUCAGACAGGGAUGAGAUAUCCUCUUUUGAAUGCAGUGAAGAAAGCCUUGUCAUCCCACACAGUCAUGAGACCUGGUUCAAGCAUUAAUGGUAGCAUUUCAGAGCAGCUUGUUCCAGAUGGCACUGUAUUUAAAUUUGAACAAGAAACACACAUUCCUGAUAAUACUAGUGUAACCGAACCCGAACUUGAAGGAGAACCUCGUGGUUUUUCAAUCGAAGGCAUUCUAUCUGAAAAGACACCUGAACAAGAACCACAUAAUGUCCCAGACAGCAUCAGUGUAUCUGAACCACAAUUUGAAGAACCACACAGUGUUCAAGACAGUGUUAGCAUAUCUAAAACUCUUGAAGACGCUCAAGGUGUUUCAGGCAUUGACAGUGUGUCUGACGUAAGACCUGAAGAAUCACAAGGUGUUCCAGUAGAUGACACUGUGACUGAGAUGAAUCCUGCAGAACCCCAUGGCGUUCCAAUUGGUUUCAGUGAAUUGGAGGUGACGCCUGAAGGAGAAUCACAUAAUGUUUCGGUUGAUGGCACUGUCUCGGAGAUCAAACCAGAAGAAGCCCAGGCUGAUCCAGUCGAUGGCAGUAAAUCCGAAGUGAAUCCUGAAGAAUCUCAUGAUGUUCCAGUUGAUGGAAGUACACUCGAGGAAAAUCAUGAAGAACCACCUAAUGCUGUAAACGAUGCUAGGAUACCCAAAACUCUUGACGGUCAAGCUCCUUUAGACAAUGACAGUGUGUCUGACGUGAAACCUGAAAAAUCACAAGGUGUUCCGGAAGACGGCAUUGUAUCUGAGAUGAAACCCGAAGAACCCCAUGGUGUGGCAGUUGAUGGCAGUGGAUUGGAGGCGGUACCUGAAGAACCAAUAAGUUUCAACUGAUGCAUGUCUUUGAGAUUAAACCCGAAAGAACCACAUGCAGUUCCAAAUGAUAGCAAGUGUACAUAUAUUAAACCUGAAGAACCACAUGUUGUUCCAGUCAAUGGCAGUGAACAUGAGAUCAUAUCUGAAGAACCACAUGUUGUUCCAGUCAAUGGCAGUGAACAUGAGAAUAUAUCUGAAGAACCACAUGUUCCAGUCAA